AGAUUAAUUGAUACAUCAUGGAAAAGAGAGAGGAAUUACUUGGUAUUUCAUCUAGAAAUGCCUCCAAAGAAUUGCUUACAUUUGUUUCUCAGCACAAGAGGAACGUGACAGAUAUUUUUGAUGGGUUGACGAAGAAACAGACAGAGGAGUUAUGGACCGGCCUGAAUCAAAUGUGUGCUACAACCCUCCUGACCCUUGACCUCGCUCAAGAUGACCGCCUGGAAGGGGAGAUGCAGGUUGUCUUGGAGACAAUGGAUUGUUUUGUUCUGCUGGCUCAUACUACAAUAAAACAGGCCUCACCACACAUAAACCCAGAUCUGAUGUCAACAGCCUGUGUAUUACACGAGCUUCUCCUACACAUGCCGGACACAGCUGAUCGACUGAAGAACAACACAGCAGGGCUGUUUGAGGAAUGGUGGAGACUGGGGCUAGAGGGGAGGUUUGACCUGGUCACAAACACCAUCAUCUACCUCCUACAGAGGAGUCUCUCCACUAAAGGGAAUGCAGCCAGUGUCAGGAGAGUGUGGGCCCUGCACUCGGCCCUAGAGAUGGUGGAUAUGUCCAACGAAAGUAGCUCCAUGUUCUUUGACCUCCUUCAACAGGUCAUUGUUAACAGCAAUUACCUAGGAACAGAGGAGGGAUGUCGGUUUUUGGGAUUCAUUAUGACACUAGAUGUCACUUUGACAGACUGUCUCCAUAGGUGUAUCAAAAACCACAUUCCCACUGCUCCAAGUUCCUGGCUGGAGAAGUUUGGUGAAGUGUAUUUCAGAGCCUGGUCAGCAGAAUCCAACCUGACAGAGAAGCUUGAGAUGGACUGUAUACAAGAUCUGAUGAAUCAUGCUGUACACGCUCAGAAAUCACUGUCACCAGCCAUCAGAAAGGUGUUAACAUACAUCCAUCAGCAGAAAAAGAAGAAUGGAGUGGAUGCCAUGUUGCUGAAUCUUUAUGAACCUUUUCUGUGGAGAUCCCUCAAGGUCGCUAAUCCAGAAGUUCGAGGUAAUGCUGCCUGGCUUUUAGUGGAUGCGUUUCCUCUUCUUGAUCCAGACUUCAACUCGGAGGAAAAGGACAUACUUCUCCAGAAACAGUUUGAUCUCUUACUGAUGUUACUAGAGGACCCCAUCCCUGCUAUCAGGAGUCAGACCGUACUGGGUGUGUUUAGGAUCAUGUCUCUGUUCUGGGAGCUGAUGCCAUCCGUUACCAUUAAAAACAUCAUUACCAAGGUGAUCCAGGACCUGGCUUUUGAUUCGACAUCUGCUGAUGUCAGAGAGAGUGUCAUAAAGGGCCUGACCAAUCUAGUGGAUAAUCACCUCUGUCAUCUGAUGCUGAAACCAAUUCUCCCCCAGCUACAGAAUCACAUACAUGAUACAUCAGAGAAGGUCAGGGUUGCCAUGGUGAACCUCAUGCUGAAGGUCAAAGGGGUCAGAACCAUCAAGUUUUGGGAGGUGGUACCUGUGGAGCACCUGUUGGCCCGUCUAGAGAUAGACUCUGCCCCCGUGGUCCGUCGUUUGAUGACGCUUCUCUUCCCGAGUUUCCUCCCCUUGGACAAGAGUGAGCAGGAGCAGAUCCCUCGAUGUGUGGCCCUCAUACAGACCAACCCCGGGGCAGCCAGGGUGUUCUACCGUAACGCUCAAUACUUCAUGGAUGUCCAACAAACAGCUUCCUACAUGAUCACACUGUGUAGAAAGAUUUUGGAGUGUAUCCGAGAGGAAAGACGAAGAAAUGAGGCAGCAGACAACUCACUGAGUGACGCUCAAAACAGUGAGGAGGAGGAGGAUUUGACGGUUCACAACACGGCGGUGAUGAAGGGACUGAUUGAAGUCAUUGUCAUCUUGUGGUACAACAUCUCAUCCCGCCUACAGGAAAGUAAACAUAAGAAAAUAGAACAAGAUCUUCAGCAGAAAUUUUGCCUGGCUGUUCCAGAGAUGUUGAAAACCUUUGAGGACCCUGAGAUCUCAUUGGCUGUUAUUUUGUUAGCAGGUCAUCUGCCCUCUAGUUCUGUGCCACUUCUGAGCCGUAGCUGUUUGUCGAAGCUGAAGAAGAUGACGUCGGACACGGAGGAGGCCCACUAUGGCUGUUUACUGGAGGCCAAGUGUAAGUGGAACAAACUGGAGGAUCUAAUGGAACUAAUCCAGGAGUGGAUCUCAUCUGGUUUCAGGGGUGGAAAAAAGGAAAGCUCAGCAAAGAAAGGUAAAGACAAGAGGAAGUCGGUGACGUUUGCUGAGGAGGGGAAUCAGUUUGGACCAGUUCUUGCCAUUCGAUAUCUGUCAUAUCUCAUCACACAUCCAAUAUGUCGGGCGGCCAUUAUGACACACCACACCGAGGGUCUACAUCAAGUACAACAACUCCUACAUCAAUCUCUGGAUCACCUACAGAACAGAAUAGAAGGACAGGCCUGUGACAGAUUACCAGAGGAUCUACUGACUCAGUACUUCACCAUGUACUUAAGACUUACGUUGAUACUACACGAUCAGGAGGGAUUUGAUGAUGUUUCCAUUCUCAGUACUGUAAUGGAUUGGACUGAAGCAGAGAUUCUACCUAAAGUAAACUCUUCUGAGACAGAAACAGAAAGUAGAGCUCACAGAAAACGCUCCGUCACAUCAACUCACGCAAAACAUACUCUCUGUACACAGGUUGUCAAGAAUCUGUUGCAAGUAUGCAGUAAUAGCCUCCUGAUUGGAAUAGGGACUGCAGACUUUGUGCUGAAAUUGUCCACCUUUUGUACUAAAUGUCUAUCUGCAGAUGACAAAUUUACCAUGCUGAAUGAUGUCACUUCCUGUUUGUAUCACAUGACUGAGUUUCUUCUGAGUUUGGAGGAAGACCAAGAUCAGAACACAAUGGUUGUAGAACUACUGAGUAACACACUGAACUUGGUACAGACUCACUGUAUAAGGAGCACAGACACUGGUAACAAGCUGAUUAGCUGUGUUGCGUCCCCUGUCACUGAGACUAUUAAUGCUGUCUACAGUAGAAGUGGACAUCAGACAUUACAACAAAGUCUUACUUCAUCUCUCAUAACAACAGUCAUGGACGAGAUGACCCUGUAUAGUGUCAAGGAAUUGAUGGACUCCCCAGGAGAAAGUUUGGACACCCUGCCUCCUGUAUCGUCUAUGUUGACAGGGAUCCUCAACAAAAAACCUGGAAUAUUCAGGAUUUUCAUAGAAGACCUGGGAUACAGAAUCAGGAGCUGUCCCUCUCCAAGUCUUCACUGUCUACACGGCUGUUGUCACCUCCUCACUACUGUCGCCAAAUGUAAAUCAAAACCAACAGGACUGAAGGAAUGUCUGACAGCCAUAGAAACACAUGUAAAACUCCUAGAUCCACCACAGGAAGAUGAUAAACGGAUUGUUCAGGAAAACCUCACAGAGAAGCUGGAGGAAUGCCGAAAGAUUCUGGGAUAAGUGAUGUGGAAAUUGACAGACUGCAUUAUAUGUGUCAAAUACAGUUAACUCUGAAAUUAAGGAAAGAAGUUUUUUAAAUAAAAGCUUUACAAAAGAUUGACAUUUUUUCCAGGAUUAAAAUAUCUGGUAAACACAAUCACUAAAUCGCUUAUAUCAA